AUGGAGCCAAACGCCAAAAUGUGUACUCAUGAAGGGAAAGAUUUAGAAGAUGCUACUAUGUAUCGGCAGUUGGUGGGUAGUCUUAUCUACUUAACUUUAACAAGACCGGAUGUUUCUUUCGGAGUUGGUGUGAUGAGUCGCUACAUGCAAAAUCCAAAGAAGACUCAUUUGGAAUCAGUUCGUCGAAUCUUGAGAUAUGUGAAGAGCACGCUUGGCUAUGGUAUUAUGUACAAGAAAGGUGGAGAUUGCAGACUAGUUGGCUACUGUGAUGCCGACUAUGCAGGUGACCAUGAUUCCCGGCAUUCAACUACCGAGUAUGUCUUCAUGCUUGGGUCCGGAGCAAUUUCUUGGUGUAGUAAAAGACAACCAACGGUGUCUUUGUCAACCACGGAAGCAGAAUACCGAGCAGCAGCGAUGGCAGCUCAAGAAAGCACUUGGCUUAUGCAAUUAUUGAAAGACUUGCAUCAACCAACAGAGUAUGGUGUCUCUUUGUACUGCGACAACUUGUCGGCAAUACGUUUGGUGGAGAAUCCGAUUUUUCACGCAAGAACUAAGCAUGUGGAGGUGCAUCAUCAUUUUAUCAGAGAGAAAGUCUUGCAAGAAGAAAUUGAGUUGGAGCAUGUCAAAACAGAAAACCAAGUUGCAGAUUUGUUUACAAAAAGCUUGAGUAGCAACAAGUUCGAAAGUUUCUGUCAUCAGCUCGGUAUGCUGAAAAGAGUAGAAGCUGGUGUUGAGGGGGAGUAUUGA